GUUUUUGUGCGCUGUUAGCGACGUGUUCAUUCUAAAAUGUACAAGAUGAAACAACUAGCUCUCCACUUAUUUGUAAUCAUGUUAUGUGCGAGAAAAGUAUUGCUGCUUCGAUGUUUCAACUGCAGAGGUAAAGACAAAACAGAAUGUGAAAAAUACCAACGUAUACAAUAUUGCUCCAGGGAAAGUGGAGAGAAUUCUUGCCUCACUUUGUCAUACACGUAUACUAAAAAGGAUUCACCAACAACUGUAGUAACGAAGUCACACUACCGUAAACUAUGCGCACGUUCUUAUGGAGAACACUGUAACGCAUACUGCAAGUCAAGGAGAUUACUGAGAUACAAAGAGUGCAAGGUGGAAUGCUGUCGAACAAAUUUGUGUAAUCGAAUGAAAGUCGUAUUUGCACCGAGAAGCAGCAGUGUUGCAAAUGUUGAUCUUCUUUGUUUGUGGAUAUGUUUAACUAUUUUGUUUUUAAAAUCUUGAAACUAUUUUUGUGGUUGUUUUCGGCAAUUAAUAUGUAAUUUGGUCUCCCUUAGUUGUGCAUCUUUAACUUCUAAUUCCAAAGGUCCCUUGUGCGCGUGUGUUUGUUUAGCGAAGCAAAGCUUAAAAAUUAUAUCUCUCUAAAUAUAAGAAUGUUAGUCGUGCUACUUCAACCGCAAUUUUAAUUCAUGAGGUCUCGUGGUGUGUUUCCUAGUUAAGUAAUGUUUUGGUGAGAAAGUAAAGGUACGCCAAUCCAACUAGGCAUGUGUCGGAAGGUCCGGCUACUGUUGUAACACCUCCAUUGAUGUAAUAUGUUAUUAUAUG